AUGCAGAACUCCCAUCCCCUACAUAAUAGUCGAUCUUCAGAUGGUGUUAACGUGUACGAUGUUACUGAUUACGAAUAUCAACUUCAAAUCGAAAACAAUAUCAAUUUUGAAGAAUCGAUAUUUCCGAAUGUUAGUCAACAACGACAGUGUUAUAUGCCUAAUACAACCUUGCUAUUGGAAAACCUUGUGCAAAAUUCGAGGUUGACACUUGUAAAUAUAACAAAUCCACAUUGUCUAGCUAUUGACGAUCACGGCUAUUUGGUUACAUUAGGGAAAGAUUCUUCUGAUUUCAUUCAACAGUUUCAUUCUUCCAAUUUAACACGUAUUAAACGUUUCAACCUAACAAGUUCAUCACUAACAAAUUUUGUCUAUCAUCAAAAUUCAUAUUUUAUUGGUACAGGUAACAAUCAGGUUUCCAUUUAUGAUAGCCAUAAUUUCACGUAUAUUGCAGAUAUUACUGUUAAUACAUCCAAUUUAGCCGGGCUAUUUAUGAAUGCUAUUUAUUCAUAUUCUUAUAAUUUAUCAACAACGUCAUAG